UGUCGCACACAGCUUCCGGUCGGAGGGGAAGAGAUCAUUAAGCUAGCUGAGUCUGAUCGCGCAGGCGGGAAAUCGCACGGAUUCGGGAGGCUUUUGUUAUUGAUUCCUUCAGGAGGAGGCGCCAGGCUUUAACGUGUGCGGAAACACAAAAGCACGGAUCGUGUAUAGACCCGGUCUCUGGGCACAAAGAUGGGGGACGAAAUUAUCCGUAUCGCUAAGAAGAUGGAGCGAAUGGUGCAGAAAAAGAACACGGUGGGGGCUUUAGAUUUAUUAAAGGAACUUAAAAUCCUUCCAAUGACUCUUGAACUUCUUCAGUCAACCCGCAUUGGUAUGUCUGUAAACUCAAUUCGAAAACAAAGUACCGAUGAAGAUGUGACCUCCCUUGCAAAGUCACUCAUCAAAUCCUGGAAAAAAUUAUUGGAUGGUCCUUCUUCUGAUAAGGAACCUGAAGAAAAGAAAAAAGAGCAACAACCACCGUCACAGAGUAGUCCAGAGGCUAGAGAAGAAAGCAGCAGUUCCAGCAGCAAUUCAAGCAGCAAAAAGGAAGAGGGUCCAAUGCGAUCUGACGGCAUUGUUUCUUCAUUUCCACGAGCUCCCAACACUUUAGAUUCUGUAAGACUGAAAUGCAGAGAGCUUAUAGCUACAGCACUCAAAACAGGAGAUGACUACAUCACUAUUGGUGCAGACGACGAAGAGCUGGGCGCUCAAAUUGAGGAAGCAGUAUUUCAGGAAUUUAAAAAUACAGAUGCAAAGUACAAGAACAGAGUGAGAAGUAGAAUUUCAAACCUCAAGGAUGCAAAAAACCCGAACCUGAGAAGAAAUGUCCUUUGCGGAAACAUUUCUACUGAGCAUUUUGCUCGAAUGACAGCUGAGGAAAUGGCAAGUGAUGAGUUGAAAGAAAUGCGUAAAAACUUGACCAAGGAAGCCAUACGGGAGCAUCAAAUGGCUAAGACUGGCGGAACAGAGACUGAUCUCUUCACUUGUGGCAAAUGCAAGCAGAAGAAUUGUACCUACACUCAGGUCCAGACACGCAGUGCUGAUGAACCUAUGACCACAUUUGUUUUUUGUAAUAUUUGUGGAAACCGUUGGAAGUUCUGCUAAAUGAAGGAUUUAUAGUGAUAUCUGAAAUGGAGUGGAAGCAACAACUUUGUAAUUAGGCUUCAAAAGUAGCUGUCUGCUAAGAAGAGGAUUUACAGCUUGGUUUUUAUUUCACAACCCCUUUUUUCCCCCUUCACAGAAAGAGGUUGCCACAUUUUUAUGGUGCCCAUUCAGAUUUUGCUUUUUGUUUUUAUAAUACAAUUAACAUUAAACUUUUAUCAGUAUAGGUGUGGCACAGUUUCCUUUUUGUGAAAAGACCAGAUUCAGUUUAGCUCUUUUUUUGAUCAUGGAAAAAAAAGCUAAAGGCUGCACUAUGAGCUUGUCUUUUAUUCUCUUUGCAUUUGAAAGGCUUACAGUAAAGACUGAGUUCAGGCACCGUUUUGUAAUAAAUGUAAAGUUGAAAGUCAAAGCGAACUGUAAAAUUUCACUAUUUUCUACCAAUUUGUUUAAUGCUUUACCGUCUGUAUUUGAUAGAUUCAAACUCGUAUGCUUUGUAAAUAUUAUUCUGCAAAUUUAAUUCUGAGAAACAAAUUACAUGGAUAAAAAAAAACGCCAUUAAAUUUCAAUCAAAUUUUUAUACUCCUGUUACCUUUUUAUAUAGUAAGUUAUUGUGCAUUGUCCAGUAUUUAGUGGGUUACAUAGCUUGUCUGUUAUUAAUUGGAAAGGGAAAUUAUUAAAGUUGGAGACCAUUCCAUUAUCCUCCCAAAACCAAAGUAUAUAUAGGAAUUUUAAUGGUUUUAUAAAAUGCAAGAUUAUGAGGUGUUCUCUAAUUUCCUUUUGUAAUUUUCACACACCAUGUAUGCUUUGCCCUAUUGUGACCAUCAAACUGAAUUUUACAUUUUUGUCAGAAUCUGAUUAAAACUGAUUAAUCACAGAAAA